AUGGCCGAUUGCCAUCCUCUGACCAGUCCCAUGGUCGUGAGAACACUCAGCAUGGACACUAACCCAUUCCGUCCCAAUAUGGACGAUGAGGAUGUCCUAGGUCCUGAAAUUUCAUAUCUCAGUGCCAUAGGAGCUUUGAUGUAUUUGACAACUCAUACACGGCCUGAUAUAGCCUUUGCCGUGAAUCUCCUGUCGAGGUUCAGCUCCUAUUGUGGGAUACUCGAGUGCAAAGAGCCGACCAUUAUCUUCGAGGACAAUGCGGCUUGCAUUGCUCAGCUAAAAGAUGGUUAUAUCAAAGGGGAUAGGACAAAACAUAUUUUGCCUAAGUUCUUCUUUACCCACGAUUUGCAAAAGAACGGAGAGGUCAAAGUGAUCCAAGUACGGUCUAGUGAUAACUCGGCCGAUUUAUUCACUAAGGCACUUCUGACCUGUACAUUCAGGAAGCUCACGCAUCAGAUUGGGAUGCGUAGGUUGAAAGACCUCCACUGA